AUGUCAGUAACCUUGCACACCAAAACUGGACCACUUAAAAUUGAAUUAAGAUUGUCUAGUAUUUCACAAUGCAAACAUGCAGAGAAUUUCAUAAGACAUUGUGCCAAAGGGACGUAUAAUGAUAACAGGAUAUUAAGAUAUAUACCGAACUUCAUAAUACAGACAGGAGAUCCAUCACAAUCUGGAAAAGAAUCACAUGCUGCUGACCCAGAGAAUAAUACAACAAAUGGACCUUUAUCAAAAGAAUUUCAAUAUUCUAAUGCUCAUGGCUGGAAUCAAAUUAAGAGAGGUACAUUAUUAACCGUCAAUAAUGACAAACACGAAGAUGGUUUGGGAUCUCAGUUCUUUAUAUCUUUAUCGAGUGAACACCAAGCUAUAUUAGGAGACAGUUCAAAAUAUACUGUCAUUGGUAUGGUCAUAGAUGGGUACGAGACAAUUGAAAAGCUAGAAAGCGAUGAAAGUUUGAAUGAUAAAGAUAAAAUGAAGAAAAGCGGGAAGCCUCGUGGAAUAUGGAAGAAAGAAAGUUGGAUAAAACAUGUCGAAAUACAUUAUAAUCCAUUUGUAGAGCAAUAA